AUGAGUUUAAUUCUAAAACACGAACAACACAAAUUCGAAGAUUAUUCGGGCGACGGUAUGUUUUCAUCAAUAUUUUCUCUAGGUAAAACAAUAAUUCCAAAAGGAGCUAGCUUUGUUUCAAACAACAAAUCACUUAUUUCAUCCGAGGCUAAAGCCGUUGGCUCAAUCGCGGAAGCGGGAAAGAGUAUAAGCGACACAGUGAAACAAUCUAACGAGUUGAAAGAAUUACAACUAAUAAGAGAUCUGCGAAACAGGAGGAGAUAUACAAAAAUCAUUAUGUUCUCUUCCUGGAUUACCAUGGGCAAAUAUCCCAGAGAAAAACAUCUUCCCGGUCAUAAUUACACUGGUCCAGGUACCAGGUUAGAUCUGCGAUUAGACAAAAACGAUAAACCCAAACCUGUUGGAGAUGGAGUUCGUAUUUUCAAAUAUAAAAGUAAAUUCGAAAAAGGUUACGUUGGAUAUUGGACAAACGAAAUGUUCAUCGUUGAUAAAGUAAACACCACAUCACCUCCAACAUAUGAAUUAAUCGACCAAGACAAAGAACAAAUCAUAGGUGAAAAUGAAGAUACGUUUCAACAGGAAUUAAAUGCUCUGGAAACUAAACUUAAUAGUGAAUUACAAACUAAGAAAUAUUAA